CUUAGCUUCCAUUCAUGUACUUGCCGCGUUUAAUGGUGUAUAAACCCGAUUUACUCUUUUGUGGAAAUUUUUUCGAUCGUAUCAGCUACCGCGAUCGGUUGUAUAAUUACAAAAGGUAUCAUUGCAGGCAAAAUUGCGCAUUUGAGUAUAUGAGUAUACUCUUGUGAAUAUUUUACACUCACGUCGAGAUGAAGUGUCCCUCGGUGAUGUUGCUGUUCGUUUUUUUUGGCCAGUGCAUCGUUUGCUCUUGGCAGGUGCAGAUCCGAUGUCCCGUGAUGCGACUGAAUAACGGAAAGAUUCGUGUUCGGGCUCGAGGUCGGAUUGUAAGAUUUAAUUGUCUCGAUGGAUUCACUCUCGUAGGCAACAAAUAUUCCACGUGUGUGCGCGGCCAGUGGGACACACCUACUCCCGUGUGUGUGAAUGCGGAAUGUCAUCCACCGCCAGCACCGGCUCAUUCGCUUAUGGCACAAAAAUUGGACGGCGCGAUAUUGAUGUUCUUCUGCGAACCUGGCUAUACCCUGAUCGGCAAUGCUGAGAUUUAUUGUGACGGAGUUCAAUGGAACGGAACGAUUCCUUAUUGUCGAGAUGCGAAAGCACCCGCACCCACAAAAUGCGAUUUCGAGAGUACGGAUCUGUGCUGGUGGGAACAGGACCCACAACACGAUUUUGAUUGGAAACGUCAUAAUUUUGAGACACCGAGCUUACACAUCGGUACUGGUCCUACGCACGAUCAUACGCUGGGAGCCGGAAACGACGGUCACUAUCUUUAUAUCGAAGCAUCCGGACGGUUGGUGAACGAUACGGCAAGAAUUAUAUCUCCUCUAUAUAAUUCCUCAUUGACUGAAUCGGGCUGUUUCUCGUUUUGGUAUCAUAUGUACGGUGCCACGAUCGGCUCAUUGAAUAUUUAUUUCAAGCCAGAGGAUACUGCGUCGAGAUUGAUGUUCACCAAAAGCGGAAAUCAAGGGAAUCAAUGGUUUCAUGGUAUCUUUGAGUUACCGAAAACUAAUAUCAGCUUUCAGAUUAUUAUAGAAGGAGUGCGAGGUAGCAGUUACGUGAGCGAUAUCGCGAUAGACGAUAUCGCUAUUUUACAAGGGGACGAGUGUAUCGUUAAGAAUGAAUCUACCAGCGUAACUAUAAGCAAUGACGAUCAAGUCGAAAUAGUUAACGCGCAACAAACCUGUCGGAAUAGAUGCGUUUUUUCUUCGACGACGCCCAUUUCCUCCGACGCAUCUAAUAAUUCAUUUGGGCCGGAAAGUUGCCUUUGUACGGUCGAUUGUGCGGAACGCUCUAUAUGUUGCCCGGAUUACGCUGAAUAUUGCAUACUGGGAUAUAGCAGCGUUAUGACAGUAGAUAUGAUGACAUCAUUGGAUACUAACACUACGAUUUCACCGGUGAGAAAAUCUACUCUGACAGGAUUUCCUAUGAAUCCGAAGGAUGACAUCGAUCCAGAUAUCAAUUCAGCGACGUCGAAAAAAGCGACUACGGGAAGACCCAUCACGACGGUCAAGGUUCAAAGUAAGAGUCCGUCACGAGCAACAACAUCUGUUAAGUCAACGUGGCCUGCAGAAACGAAGGAGACGCCUUUCGAACCCAAGAUAAUUCUCACAACGAAAUACAUAGAACCUCAGGAUCGAUCUGAUUUGCACAUAGAGCAGAAUCCGGAAAAGAAGAAACACGGUAGAGGCAUCGAAAUCUUGGAUAUAGUCUUCGCAAUCGGCGCGACUUUGGCCUUCCUUUCCGUGGCAUUCGUGAUCACGAUCAUUGUUAUUAGGAGGAGGAAAACUUAUAAGAGAGGAGCGAGCAGUUCGGCUCUCUCGGAGGACAGCGACGUUCGUUUUCUAACGUCAGACGAAAUCCUCGAUUUCAAUUUAGCCCGACCCACUGAUAACGACGAAAUGUAGCUUCACAUUAUCAAAAUUUCUUCUUUAAACGGUUGAAUUGAAAUUCAAUUGAUUCUUUGAUUAAAUAAUUAAUCGAGUGAAUGAAGAGAAUUCUGUGAGUAGAAAAUAAUCUGCAUUUUAUAUCUUUAUUGAUCUUUAUCUAAUUUUUUUUUUAUUAUUCGAACAAAGUUUUUGCUUUUUGAAAAAAAAACAAAAGUUAUGAUAAAAUCUUUUUACUAAUAAUAGAAAGAAAUAUUAUUGUUUUAAGAAUCUGUCAUUACACUGUUAAAGAAUAUUCCCCGGAAACUUACAAUAUUGAUAUCUACAAUUUUAAUAUUUUAAAUAUAUAAAAAUAGAAUUAAUACUUUUAUUAUUAUUUUUCAGUAUAAAAAAUCGAUUAUUGAUAUUAAUAAUAAAUUAUUUGACAAUAUUCUGCUUGAGAAA